AUGUCUUUAUUGAGUGAAGAAGAAUGUGAUCAUAUCUUCGAUUCUUCUACUUCGGAAGGUGAAUUUCAAUUACCGAUGUUACCACCUUCAGUUACCGUUUCUGGACAAAUUUCACAAUCGGAGGGUCCAAAAAAUUUGCAAUGUAUAUACACGUUUGUCGCAGCACCAAAGCAGAGAGUAAAACUCAAUUUCGAUCAAUUUCUUUUAGCCGGAACCGCUGGCAAUUGCGAAACUGAAUAUGUGGAUAUAUAUUCGGAAUUGGAGGGACCUGAUGAUGAUUUGCUUUCUGCUGCUUUUGGUGGACGCUAUUGCGGCAGUGUGUCACCAUAUGUGAGGAUUAGUUUAAAUCGUGUCAUUGUAUUAGUAUUUCAUUCGAGAGUUAUAUCAAAUCAACGAAAUGCUCUAAAAUUCCGUGGUCGUUAUGCAUUCAUAUCUGAUGCACCUUAUCAGGUGGGUGAAAGAGUACCACCAGGUAAAUGUGAUUUCGUGAUCGAUUCAAGAUUUAAGAAGCGUGGAUCUAUACUUUCGCCAACUUAUCCAGGAACAUAUCCAAAA